AUGGCACCCUGGCCGCGCGCACUGGAAAUCCCCGAUGCAUCGCACCCGCCAUCCGCGGUGGCAUCUGAGGCAAUCAGUGCUCGCCUCGAUCCUGCCUACGACCGCAUCCCCGACGGCCUAACCGAUCAUCAGUGGACGAUCAUCCAGUCCACGUCGCUGGCUGUGGCCGCUCUGAGCUUCGCAUCCGUCACCCUUGCCUUUUACUGGUUCUCCCGUAUGAGACGGAGCUUCAGACAUGAUCUCAUUAUGCUACUCAUGUCGAGCGAUAUGCUCAAGUCUCUUUGGUUCAUCAUCUUUCCUAUCGCCGAUUUCAGGAACGGCCCCAUCCCUUCCGACUCGUCAUUUUGUCAAGCAAGCGGUUUCUUCCUCUCAGUCGGUAUCGAGGCCUCUGACAUUGCCGUUGUCCUCAUCGCCCUACACACGGCUCUCUACAUCUUCCGCCCACGAUACUCCGGCCGACAGAGUGGUCUGUAUCCUCAUCGCCGAACUGCGUUCGCCGCCUUCAUUUUUGUCCCGAUCUUGAUGGCCUCUCUGGCCUUCAUCAACUGGCCCGGAUAUGCAAACAAUGGCGAGUAUUGCUACUUGCCUGUUCGGCCGGAGUGGACGAGACUUGCGCUCAGUUGGGUUCCUCGGUACCUGAUUUUGCUUACCAUUGUCGCCCUGUAUGCGUACAUUUACAUUUAUGUCACCCUCCGCAUCCGGCGCUUUGGUCGGCUCAGCGCUAUGAGGAGGGCAAGUGCGACUCACUUGGCGGGCGAUUGGGCCCAUAUACCAUCAGUACCUCCUACUCCGACAUCACGUCGCGGAUCAGAGACAUCGAUAGAAGAGUCAGAACGACGGCGCACUUCAUCGACGGCCACUACCAUGAAUGCCGAUAUUGAGCUUCUCCACAGCCGUCAAAAGAUUCAGUGGAACUGGCCAAAAUACGGCAACGAGGAUGGCCGCAUUCCUGAGCAGGAUGAAAACGCGGAACACAUCAGAUUCGAUCAAAGCACGAGUCCUCUAUCUACCACAUUUGAGCCUAUAUCUCCACCACCUCAGAGUUACAUCCGACGCGACACGAUCGACAUGAGCCCGUCUUACAACAACAACCACUACCAUCGAGGUAGUUUUAGCACGUUCAUGCAUCCCCCUCACAGCCCGACGACAGCACGCGCCAAGUCGUUGGCCAACAUCUGGUCCAUCCUUCGCCGUGGAACAACCCUCGACUCGGACCCUGACCACAACGCCACACCCUUUCUUUUCCAUCCGGCUAUGGAUGGUACAGGCAUGGCAAAAACGCGCGACAAGAUCCGUCGCCAACUCCGCCUUCUUUUCGUGUACCCCCUUGUAUACAUACUCAUUUGGGCCGUUCCUUUUGUGGCCCACGUCAUGCGCUGGGACAAUCCAGAGCAAGCCGGUCCUUUCGUGGUCGUGCUUUUAUCACUAGUGAGAACCAUGGUCUCGCCACCGUUAGACGAUAAGGAUACCUGCAUGCAGGAAACCACGAGUCCUAUGGCGCAAACAAAGCGACGUCGAAGUCGGAAGACGAUUCUUCAAAACACACUCAAGUCCUGGAGUUUGCACUCCGUCUACCGCCUCCUCUUCAAUCCCCACAACAUCGUCUACAACCAGUCCAAGAUCGUCAUCUUCAAGGAUCGCUUAAUGGCCUUGCUAGCCGCAGCAGUGCACAUAGCGCCCAUCGCGACGACGGUGGUGAUGGCCCGCCUCGUCUUCUCCGAAUACUGGAUAGGCGGAGACCUCACCCCUUUUAACGCCUGGGACAAACAAGCCAACCUGACCAUCCAGUUCGCCGCCAAGCUGCUCGAGAGUCUCAUCAUAGGAUCUCUCGCCACGAUCAUAUUCACGUUCAUACGCUACGAAGUGACUCUUGGCCAGGGUGCACCGCUCGCAGCGUUCUUCACCGGAAAGGAUUUUGAGUCUUUGAGCUUCCUGUGGUCGGAUGAGUUCUUUGCUAUGAUGCGAGGACGUUUCUCGUCGACUUGGAAGAAGGUGGCCUUCUUGGUUUUCUCAGCUGUUUGCUGCUUGCUAGCCGUGGUAGUCCCUCCCGCAACGGCGACUAUCCUCCUUCCCAUCCAAGACUGGUACGAUAUGGGAGGUUCUUGGGUCUGGAUCGAGAACCAUGGACAAUACAUGUAUCCCAUGAACAUCACCUCCAACAGCACCCUCCCCGGCGACAUAUGCCGCGUCGCGGGCGAUACCCGCUGCCCCUCGGCGGGCUGGGAAUCUUUGGACCAUUUGGCGGCUUUCUUCCCGACGCACUCCGUUACCAAUCUCGAUCAAAGGGUGUUCACACGGACACCCGGGUUGUGGCCGGUCCCCACGGUGGGAGCGCUGCUGAUGAUCAGCGUGGACGUCCGGGAGCCUUUUGCCAGCAUUACAGGUUGGAGUGACACACGCUGGGAGGAAUCACGGAUGAUGCUACCCCAUCACGCCAUAGGUGCGGGCAUGGUUUCCACGAUGCAGCUCUGGGAAGCGGCCAUGUCGCUCAUGGGAAUCGAGAACAACAAGCAGUACAGGGGGUCAUCUUCCAGGUACAGCACGCAUCAAAACGUAGCGUCGGUGAAGACUCGAUGCCUAGCAAGUAUGCCCGGCAACGACAGUUCCUUGCCUGCAAGAGUCGUGUUCCCAGAUGUUCGAAGCCCCGAUAGGCUUUACGCGGAAAUGACUACCGACGAUCCCGUCGUGCGAAAAGUGAUGGCGAACAUCAAUGGCUCCAUCCCUGAGUUGUUCUAUUUCGACAUCGAUCCAGAAGGAAACCUGGCAGGGAACGCCUCGGUAGGCUCCAUCGUCUCUCUGCCACUUGGAGAAUCACAUUCCGCGGUGUACGGGUGCAUCACCAAUGCGCAGUGGAUGCAGAACUGCGAGGUCCAGGUCACCCCGGACUACCACGUCACGACGUACAAAUGGCCGAUCGACAAUAGAUGGGAUAACGCAAACCAGAAAGCCUUCAUCCACACCUCAUUCGCGAACCUCAGCAACCCGUCCAUCGACGCAGCCAACACCACGGUCUUCCAACGCCUCGCCACCACCGCCGGGCUCGUGAACCCGCCGGAGUCGAGGUCGGAAUGGAUACCCGGACACGUCGAGGCCCUCAUAAACGGCAUGCUGGUCAACGCAAUGGCCCGCACCGCACCCCUGUCGCAAAUCGUCACGAAAAUGAAAGACCCCGACGGCGCGUGGUGGCGCCACUUCUUCCCCCGCGGCCGCGUCUUCGGGCUUCCUGAGGAGACCGCCUUCGACGUGUCGGACGACGACAAGGUGCGUCUGUCCUCGCUCUACUUCCGCGCCGAGAUGCUCGGCUACGCGUACACGGGGCGGGACGGCACCGUCCGGUACUCCAUGAUCGGGCUGUUCUUGUAUUGCGCCAUCGCGGCCUGCUUCGUGGCGUGGAGCGUCGGGUUCGGGAUCACGAGCUCGAGCUGGGAGUCGACGCCGGAGUUGUUGGCGCUGGCGAUGCGGAGCCCGCAGCCCGGCGAGGAGACGAUGCCGACGAGCGUGAUGGAGGAUACGAAUGCGCUUCAGAAGAGUUAUUGUAUUGUUGCCGAGGGACAAGAAUUGCUCUUGCGGCCUGUGGAGGCGACGCAGCCUGGGGAGGAAUCAAAGGUUCCGGAGGAGGUGAGGGUGAAGCCGAACACUGCGUAUCGGUAG